GCAUGCGUACUGAUGUAUCUGAGAUUUUUUUUUUUUUUUUAGUUUGGAUCAUUCAAGAGAAUUUGUUAAUGGGUAGCAUUUAUAUUUCACAUGCGGCAGCUAUAAGUGCCUAAUAUGGUGGUGGGGUACGAUCAGAGUUUCUUAUUCUACCUCAUGACCAUGUAAAGUAAAUUCUGUUGUGUUGCAGAGACUGAAAUGAUUGUUACAAGAAGUUGGAAGGGAGUUAAAGAGAAUAAAUUUGCAGAGUUUCUGCAAAUUCUAGGAUGAACAGAGUAUAUAGAUGCUUUGAUGUUAUGGAAGUGAGCGAUCAAGAAUAAAAGAGAAAAUGACAGUUGAAGAGGAAGCUAAGGCUAUUGAGAAGAGGAAUGUGUUAGUCGGGAUAAGAAUAGAUAGCCAGAGCAGAGAACUGCUUAGCUGGGCUAUUGUAAAGGUUGCUGAACCUGGUGAUUGUGUUAUUGCUGUUCACGUUUGUGGAAGUUCUGGCCAUGCUUUGAGAGAAAAGCCUUUGUUGGAUAGUUAUUUAGAAGUCUACGAUGGCCUAUGUUCCAUGAAGAAGGUAGGCCUUACUGGUCAUAUAGCCAAAGGGAUAUCGGUCAGAAGGACUCUGGUUAGAGAGGCAAAGAACCAUGCUUCUGUAGCCAUAGUUGUGGGGAUCAGUAGUCAGGGUGCUUUAAGGGGUUGGGCUUCUACCGCUAGGUAUUGCGCCAAGCGACUGCGUCCAACCACAGAUGUUUUGGCCAUCUACAAUGGAAAAAUUGUGUUUAGAAGGUGUAACAACAAUCAACUACCAGGUCUCGGCGGUGAUCCAAAACCAAGUUUUAAAAUAAAUGAAAAUUUCAGUACUUUUAGAGUAACCCAGUCUGAAUUCGGCGAUUCUGAGGCAGAUACUGAAAUAUCUAGUUUCGAACUGCUAUCAAGAUAUGAGAGUGAAGACUCAAAGGAUGAAGUUUGCAGCAUUGUUAGCGUACGCAAGAAGAGAUCAAAUUCUCUUUUUGCUGGAGAUAUUUUGGAUCAGAGACCUGGUUGGCCCCUACUUCGGAGAGUGAAUUCAGCUAUUCCACAGAACUAUGUCCAGCAACUAUCUGUAGUGCAGUGGGCAAUGGCUUUACCAGAUCGCUCCUCUCUACAAAAUCCUCGAAUUUCAAAUUUUGAAGAAAGAGAGAAAAGUAAAAUCUUGGAGGAGAUCAAUAAGAGUAGUUCUUCUGCACUGGGUGAACUAGAAAAUGGCCUGGAUAUUCUGCUGAAAGCAAGCUCAUCCAGUUGCAAAUGGUUCAGCUACGAGGUUCUGAAAGGCGCAACUUCGAGUUUUUCUUCAGAAAACUUGUCUGGGAAAGGAGGAUGCAACCGUGUAUACAAGGGGGUUCUUCCAGAUGGCAAGCCAGUGGCGGUGAAGGUUCAGAAGUCAUCUCAGGAAGCAAUGAAGGAUUUUGCUCAUGAAGUUGCAAUCAUCUCCUCAUUGAACCACAAGCACAUCACUCCUCUUCUUGGGUUCUGCAUCAAAGAUACCGUUCUCAUUUCUGUCUAUGAUUUUUUUUCUAAAGGAAGCUUAGAGGAAAACCUACAUGGAAAGAGCAAAGAAAAAUCUCCUUUGUCAUGGGAAAUGAGAUUCGAUAUAGCUGUUAAAAUUGCAGAAGCCCUAUACUACCUGCACAACGAAUGUUCUCGGCCGGUUAUUCAUAGAGAUAUCAAGUCUUCAAACAUUCUUCUUUCAGAUGGAUUUGAACCACAGUUAUCUGAUUUUGGUAUGGCAAUAUGGGGACCGACAACUACGUCAUUUGUGACGCAAGGCGAAGUUGUUGGAACAUUUGGGUAUCUUGCUCCUGAAUAUUUCAUGUAUGGGAAAGUCAGCGACAAAAUUGAUGUCUAUGCUUUUGGCGUAGUUCUACUUGAAUUGCUAUCUGGAAGAAGACCAAUUAGUUCCGAGAGCACCAAGGGCCAAGAGAGCUUGGUCAUGUGGGCAAAACCAAUAUUAGAGAGUGGGGAUGCAAAAGGCUUAGUGGAUCCGAACUUGAAUGGAAACUUCGAUGAGGUUCAAAUGCAGAGAAUGGUUCUUGCAGCAACACACUGCAUUACACGAGCAGCUAGGCUACGUCCUAAAAUGAGUGAGAUACGGAAGCUCCUGAAAGGAGAUACAGAAUUGGAAGAGUGGGUGAAUCCUCAAAAUAAGGAUCCACGGGAUCAAGAAAACCAGGAUAAUGAUGAUGAAGUUUAUCCAAGCUCGAGUGCAGAGUUACAUUUAAGUCUUGCGUUGCUUGAUGUUGAUGAUGAUUCCACGUCAUUUAGUAGUUUGGAGCAAGUAAACAAUCUCUCUCUCGAGGAAUAUGUUAAAGAAAGGUGGAGCCGAUCAUCGAGCUUCAAUUAGCUGACAAUUUGCACUCAAUUCAAUAAUUUUGAAACUUUAAAAGCCAAAUUUGCCUCGAAAUUCUGUACCUGUAGUUUGUACGGUUGUAUUUGUACAGUGAAGAGAUAAAGUGUUUGCACCGCACCCUGAGCAGUGAGGUGGUUUGUAGAUGCAGAUUUGUGAAAUCCUUGUUUGGGUUGACAGUGAGAGAGGAUUAAGGUCCAAGCCUAUCAUGAGCUUGUUUUUGAA